AUGGCGUCCAAUUUGCUCAUCAAUGAUUCAAAGUACGCUUUUCUCAAAGAGCUCGGACUCGGCGAGAACAAUUCGGGAGUGUUUCACGGAAAAUGGGCGGCUAGCGGACAAGUCGUGCAAUCGGUCGCACCCGCCAACAAUCUUCCAAUUGCCAAUGUGCAAAACGGCACCGUCGCCGACUACGAGAUUUCAAUCACCGAGGCGCGCAAAGCCUAUGAGGACUGGUGUGAAGUGCCGGCGCCACGCCGCGGUGAAAUUGUCCGCCAAAUUGGCGACAAACUUCGCACCCAACUCCAAAACCUCGGCAAACUCGUCUCGUUGGAAAUGGGUAAAAUUUCGGCGGAAGGCGUCGGCGAAGUUCAAGAAUACGUCGACAUUUGCGAUUACGCGACCGGACUUUCUCGCUCGCUCGAGGGCAAAAUAUUCCCAUCCGAGAGGCCCGGACACGCUCUUUUAGAGCAAUGGAAUCCACUCGGUGUCGUCGGCGUCAUCUCCGCCUUCAACUUCCCAUGCGCCGUAUACGGAUGGAAUAAUGCAUUGGCGUUGGUCACUGGAAAUGCGGUCGUCUGGAAACCGGCCCCAUCGACGCCACUCACAGCCAUUGCUGUUACCAAGCUUGUCGAGGAGGUUCUCAAAGCGAACAACGUCAACCCAGCCCUUUGUUCUCUCGUCUGCGGCGAAGGCGACGUCGGACAAGCGCUCGUGAAGGACAAGCGUGUCGAUCUUGUCUCGUUCACCGGUUCCACGGAAGUCGGAAGAAUCGUCGGCCAGCAGGUGCAGGCACGCUUCGGAAAACUUCUUCUCGAACUCGGCGGCAACAACGCGAUCAUUGUCAACGACGACGCCGAUUUGAACAUGGUGGUGCCGGCGACAGUGUUCGCCGCUGUCGGAACCGCCGGUCAACGUUGCACAACGACGAGACGCUUGUUGGUGCACGAGAAGCUGUACGAUCAAGUCGUUGAGAGACUCAAAAAGGCCUAUGCUCAAUUCGAGUCGAGAAUCGGAUGCCCAUUGGAUGCCAACACGAUCAUCGGACCAUUGCACAACCAGCAGGCUGUUGGAAAGUACAAAGCCUCUGUUGCUGAAGCAAUCGCAUCAGGCGGAAAAAUCGAAUACGGUGGCAAAGUUUUGGAGAGGGACGGAAACUUUGUGUUGCCGACGAUCGUCACCGGUUUGAAGCAUGACGCGCCAGUGAUUCUUCGCGAGACCUUCGCCCCGAUCCUCUAUGUCCUUAAAUUCUCGACACUCGAUGAGGCGAUCAAGAUUAACAAUGAGGUUGGACAAGGCUUGAGCUCAUCGUUGUUCACCACCAACAUCCAGAACGUCUUCAAAUGGAUGGGGCCAAAGGGAAGCGAUUGUGGAAUUGUAAACGUCAACAUUCCGACAUCUGGAGCAGAAAUUGGAGGUGCAUUUGGAGGAGAGAAGGAAACUGGAGGUGGUCGCGAAUCUGGAAGCGAUUCGUGGAGACAAUACAUGAGACGCUCGACUUGCACAAUCAACUUCUCGAAGGAAUUGCCGUUAGCGCAGGGAAUCAAAUUUGAAUAA